UGAUGCUCAGAUUCGCCCCGUAUAGUGGAAACCACAUGCAGCAACUGCACAAACACCAAAACCUGAAGGUGCAGGGUCAGGUUUUUCUCCGUCAGGGAUGAACAGAAAGCUUUGACUGUUAGGCUGACUGACUGAGAGAUGCUUCUUCUACUGCUGUGUGUUGUUCUCCAGGCUUUGUCCUUGUCUCAAGGGCUCAAUGUUUACAGAUGAGCACCCUUCCAAGAAUGCGAAAAAGCAUCCUGAUCAUUCAGACAAACAGAUUGAGCUCUCCACACUAAGUUUGUCCGAAGGCUGCUUUGGUGUGCCUAGGACUCUUUACAAGAACACUACAGUCGAUUUGACCCUCAACCUUUUGGAUGCUGAGGAAAAGAAAGCGCUUGCUCUCCAAAUCUGUGAACGUUUAAGUUGUGGCCGUGUUUUGGAGCACGGUGCGACUGCAACAGUGCACAAUGGCACUUGUCUUGCAAACUGCAUCCUGAGAGACUCAAACCUGCACAACUGCACUACAGCUGCAAAAGGCGACUGCAUGAAUGCAACUCAAGUAAUUUGCGAGCACCAUGCUGUCCAGUUGGUUGGAGGACGUGAUCACUGUGCUGGUCGGGUGCAGCUGCUGCAUUCUGGGAAUUGGGGAACAGUGUGUGAUGAUGCUUUUGACAUCAAUAGUGGACAUGUAGUUUGUACCCAGCUGAGAUGCGGAAGUGCGAUAAGAUUGAGCUAUUUUGGGCCUGGAACAGGUACCAUCCACAUCAACCAAAUGAAAUGCAAUGGCUCUGAGAGCAGCUUAUGGGAGUGCAGCUCAAUCAGCACCACUCCCAGCAACUAUUGUGGACACAAGGAAGAUGCUGGCGUUGUGUGUUCAGAAAGUGUUGAGUUCAUACCCACAAGUGUCACACCCGAGCUGAACUUGACAACUCUGGUGGCAGUGUCAACUGCAAUGGCAUCUGCACAAAGCAGCAGUGGUGUUUCAGCAGCAGCGAUCGGCUGCGUCUUCUUAUCUAUUGCUCUGCUUAUGUUUAUUGUUUUAAACGCCGCUGCCUAUCUGCAUUUCAAAAGAGCAAAGGAAUGUGUUAUUCACCAACAACACAGUAGUUCUCAAGCAAGCCUGGAGAACCAGUCCAAUGCACAGAUAGGAAUCUACAACACACAAUCUGUCUACACUGCUGGGGGUCAUCAGUAUGAAAGUACUGGCCCGAGAAUGAGCUCAAACAAUGGCCGCAGAUUUAGCAAGAGAACAAAUCGACCCACUCACAACUCAGACAGCUCCACUGAUUCAGACUAUGAACAUCACAACAGCAGUCGACCGCAGAGACUGCUAAACUCAUCAAGAGAUGUGAAUGAUGUAGACGGUACAUGCGCUAGAGAAAGACGUGUACACAAUGUGGAAAUCAACAUGGACACCUUCCAAAAGUCAGGUGAUAACCCCCCACUGACACCACUGUCUUUUGGAGCUCCUGACACCCACGGGCAACCAGUAUAUAAGAAUGAUACAAGCAGUACUUCUUCUGGAGAGUUCUAUCAAUACACAAGGACAGACACGGACAACAUUCUCCAGUCACCAAUUCAAGAAACGUUACCACUGACACUCUUGUCUUAUGGUGACCAUAACAUACCUGGAACUGACAAUAAAGGUGAGGAAAGACCAUCAUUGCAUGAAAAGUCACAAUUUGCACCCCUGUCUUACGGGGACCAUCACUUAUCAAACCCUGACAGUCAAGCGGUGGAUGUGAAUGAUUCAAGCAGUACAUCUUCUGGCGAGUUCUAUCAAAACACAGAGAUUGACACGGACAACAAUUUCAUGUCACGUGAGGAAAGACCAUUGUUGCAUGAAAAGUCACCAUGUGCACCCCUAUCUUAUGAUGACACCACAAAUCUUGACAGUCAAGCGGUGGAUGUGAAUGAUUCAGACAGUACAUCUUCUGGAGAGUGCUAUCAAAACACAGAGAUCGACAUGGACAACAGUCUCCAGUGUGAAGACGAGGAAAGCCCAUCACUUCCUGAGAAGUCACUACAGACACCCCACAGCACUCAGAUGACAGGAAGCACUGCUGGUUACAGCGGCUCUCAUGCACCUGUAACCCACAGUCAAGAUGGGAAUGAUUCAGACAGUACUUCAUCAGAAGAGUGUUAUCAGAACAUAGAGAUUGAUGAAAACGCCUUCCACCAUUAUGGUGAGGAAAGCCCAUCACUUCCUGAGAUGUCUUUUCAGAAUCCCCACAUUGCACAGAUGACAGAAAGUACUGAUGGUUACGGGGACCAUCAUGUACCUAGAAACCUCAGUCAAGAAACAGAUAACAGCAGCACAGCAUCAGAGGCAUCAUAUGUUAAUGUACCACCUACAAAAGAGACAGAGGACCAUUCUGCUGCAUCUUCAGAGAACGACUAUGAUGAACCUGAAACCUGGUGAAAUCAAUAUGACAACUGCAAAAGAUUUUUCCGAGCAGGACAGACAGUUCACAACAUCACGUCCCUGAAAACCAUGGAAUGUAACACAGACGGGCCCUUGCAAUACCUGAGUGUUUCUUAAGUAAUAUUCUGGACGAACAGA